AGACGAAACGAUAUGAUCACAUGUAUCCAGGAGGCGAUGGAGGAGUUUCUUUUCGGCUUGGUCCGGAUGGCGGGAUUGGAACGUAUUUUGGUAACAUUCUGAAAACCACACGUUGUGAUGGUGACCAUGGUUUUAACCCGAAGAUGGUUGGUUUAUGUGGACCUUGUGGUGGUGAAUCAGCCAGUCCUCUAGCCGAUGGUCUAGACCAGAGUAAACGGCUGGUCUCAUCUUGAGUGGUUCCAAUGACACAAGCGAAGAGGAGACCAAAAGAAAUUACCACAAGAACAAAAGUUGAUUUCGCCAUUACAAUAUUACUUUGUUGUAUACACACUGACACAAGUUGAUAUGGUUUGGAGGGUUUAUAUAAACUUUUUGGAUGUCUUUAUCUCGUCAAUAAAUAUUUUUCUCUAGU